GGGAGAGAAGGCCUUCUGGGAAACCUGGACCCAUCGUUUACCUCAUCCCCCAACGCCCUCAAUAAUUGAAAAAAGAUUAAAGAAUAGGCUGGAGAAUCUGUAUGUGAGUAAGGAAGAAGUGUGACAGAGGAAGAGGGAAAAGAAACAGCAGCAGAAGGAAUGGAGAUAUCAACACGAUCCAAAGUUUCAGACACAGGGUCAACAGAGCGUAUGUCCCAAAAACGAAAGAUGCCAAGUCCCUCUCAAUCAUCCAAUGGCCACUCCUCCGCCGAAACUUCUCCCUGCCCAGUUAAAAAGAAGAAGAAACCCGGUGCUCUCAGCAAUAGCAAAGACCAGUCAGAACUAAGACACGGUCCCUUUUACUAUGUGAAGCAGCCAGCACUCACCACAGACCCUGUUGAUGUUGUACCGCAGGACGGCAGGAAUGACUUCUACUGCUGGCUGUGCCACCGCGAGGGCCAGGUGCUCUGCUGUGAGCUCUGCCCCAGGGUGUACCAUGCCAAGUGCCUCAAACUACCAGCCGAGCCUGAUGGCGACUGGUUCUGUCCGGAGUGUGAGAAAAUAACAGUUGCUGAGUGCAUAGAGACUCAGAGCAAAGCCAUGAUGAUGCUAACUAUAGACCAGCUGUCUUACCUACUAAAGUUUGCCCUUCAGAAGAUGAAACAACCAGGUGAUCAUCCCCGCUUGUCAUCUCGCUCCCCCCAUGCAGCUUCCACGCAGAGAAAGACUUUUAAUUGGACUGAACCCUUCCAGAAACCUGUCUCUCUUGAACAACAUCCAGAUUAUGCGGAGUACAUUUUUCAUGCUAUGGAUAUUUGCACACUUGAGAAGAAUAUCAAAAAGAAAAUGUAUGGCUGCACAGAGGCCUUCUUGGCAGAUGCAAAAUGGAUUUUGCACAACUGUAUUAUAUAUAAUGGAGGCAAUCACAAACUCACAGCUACAGCUAAAGUUAUAGUAAAAAUCUGUGAACAUGAGAUGAACGAGAUUGAAGUUUGUCCUGAGUGUUAUUUGUCUGCUUGCCAAAAGAGAGACAACUGGUUUUGUGAGCCUUGUAGUAACCCACAUCCUCUAGUGUGGGCCAAACUGAAAGGAUUUCCAUUCUGGCCUGCUAAAGCUCUGAGGGACAAAGAUGGACAGGUGGACGCUCGUUUCUUUGGUCAACAUGACAGGGCAUGGGUUCCUUUAAACAACUGCUACCUCAUGUCAAAAGAAAUUCCAUUCUCUGUGAAGAAGACCAAAAGCAUCUUCAACAGUGCCAUGCAAGAGAUGGAGGUCUAUGUGGAGAACAUGAAGAAGAAGUUUGGAGUGUUUAACUACGCACCUUUCAGGACACAAUACACUCCUGACAACAACUUCCAGAUGCUGCUGGACCCCUCCAACCCCUCGUCCACUCCAGUGAAAACUGACAAACAGGAGAAGAUCAAGCUCAGCUUCGACAUGACGGCUUCGCCCAAGAUCCCUCUGACAAGGACCAUGUUGUCUGGGGCUGGGCUGGGAGGGGGCACAGUUGGGCGUCGGCUCCCUCUAAGUGACAUGCCUCGCUCCCCCAUGAGCACCAACUCCUCUGCCCACACUGGUUCAGAUGGGGAACAGGAGACAGCAGACAAGUCGCAGGCAAAAGCCCAGAACAGCCGGUACAGUGCAGGAGAGGAGUCCAUGGACUGUACAGCAUCACCUGCCCAUCCUCGACUUUGUCCUGCAGGCAGUUCAUUGGACAGCUCUAAACCAUUCCACUCUCAAGCUCCUGGCCUCCCCAAGCAGGAGAAGGCACCACAGACAGGAAGCAUUCUCAACCUCAAUCUAGAUCGGAGCAAAGCAGAAAUGGACCUAAAAGAGCUAAGUGAAACAGUUCAGCAGAAGCAAGGAACCACACCAGUCCUCACGUCUCCAAAAAGACAGAUUAAGAGCCGCUUUCAGCUGAACCUGGACAAAACCAUUGAAAGCUGCAAAGCACAGUUGGGAAUUGAUGAGAUCUCUGUGGAUGUGUAUAAAGGUGUGGAACACAGUGACUCAGAGGAAUCUGAUAAGUCUGACUCAAGUGACAGUGAGUAUGCCAGUGACGAUGAACAAAAGACAAAGGAAGGCCAGGACACAGUAACUAAUGAUGAAGCUAAGGAGGACACUAUCAAAAAUAAAGUCAAAGACCUGUCAUCUCCAAGACAAGAUAAAGAGGGUACAACAGAUAUAGUCCUGGCAUCUGAGUCUGCAGCAGGUGACAAAGCUUCAACAGCAUCAGAUGUUCCAGCUAAAGAGAAAAUAAGCACUGAUUCAGGAAAACAAAGCCCAGCGAAGAGCAAGGCACCUCCAGCAGUAUCACUACCUCCCAGGGGCAAGUCUCAGGUGAAAGACGAGCGGAAGCAGCCUGCGCCCGUGGAGGACUCUGACUCUGAGAGGGAGCUGGUUAUUGACCUUGGAGAGGAAAAGAGGGGCAAAGACAGGAAGAGGGGUAGGAAAGACACCACCUCUUUAAAAGAGACCCCUGCUAGUAAACCUGAAGGCAAAGCAUUGACCCCAUCUACAGUGCCAUCUCAAAACAGUGCAGCUCUCUCCACACCCUCCACUGUCUCCGCACAGUCCCCAAUGGCCAUUCCUGUCACCAUGGUCUCGUUCACUGCUCCCUCCCCCACAACCAUAAGCCUAGCAACGGUGUCCAGUGCCACAGCAUCGCCCCCCUCCUCCUCCUCCUCCCCCUCAGCCUCCACCGCUCCGGCUUUGAAGAAACAGCGCCCUCUGCUGCCCAGAGAGACCGUGCCUGUGGUACAGAGAGCUGUGGUGUGGAAUCCCACUACCAAGUUUCAGACCUCCUCGCAGAAGUGGCACAUGCAGAAGGUGCAACGUCAGCAACAGAGCCAGCAACCUGCUGCAACCACCCAGGAUCAGGCCUCGUCACCUGAGCAGGGCCAGGCUCAAGAGGUGACCAAGACUCAGGCUGGGAAUGUGUCGACAGCGGUGUCCUCAUCCUCCGCUCAGCAGUCUUCACAAAGUACCCGCUAUCAGACCAGACAGGCUGUCAAAGCUGUUCAACAAAAAGACCCUCCACUCGGCACAAACACUUCCGCUGUCACCCUGGUAUCCAGUAGUCCAGCUUCUGUUGCCAUGAUGGCAACAACAAGUCUAGAAACAGCUGCUUCGUCAUCGCCGGUGGCAACAGACCUGUAUAUCCCCACUGCCUCUGCAGAUGUGGCUGCAGACAUUGCCAAGUACACAAAUAAAAUAAUGGAUGCAAUCAAAGGUUCAAUGACUGAAAUCUACAAUGACCUUUCUAAGAGUACUUCAGGAAACACAAUAGCAGAGAUAAGACGACUGAGAAUUGAAAUUGAAAAAUUACAGUGGUUGCAUCAACAAGAGUUGUCAGAAAUGAAGCACAAUCUUGAGCUGACAAUGGCAGAGAUGAGGCAAAGUCUGGAGCAGGAGAGAGAGAGGUUGGUGACUGAGGUGAAGAAACAGAUAGAGCAGGAGAAACAACAGGCAGUGGAUGAGACGAAGAAGAAACAGUGGUGCGCUAACUGCAGGAAAGAAGCCAUCUUCUACUGCUGCUGGAACACAAGCUACUGUGAUUACCCCUGUCAGCAAGCCCACUGGCCGGAGCAUAUGAAGUCCUGCACACAGUCAGCCACAGCUCCACAGCAAGAACCCGAGGCAGAAUCAACAGCAGACCCCCCAAACAAAGGAGGAGGGCAGACGAGUAGUGCCCCGAACUCUCUCAGAGACAUGACUGUCUCUGCACCAUCAGAAAAAGACUGUGACGUGGAGAAAAGUGCUGACAGUGUUGCUGUUUCUUUAUCCUAACCCAACUUACUAUACUUGAAAAUGUAAAUGUAUAGAUUGUUUGUUUUUUUAUCACUACAAUGAUGUGUUCAUAUCUAUUGUUCUGUUCAAGUGGCUGUUAAGGGAGCAAUCCAAAUAAUUUUUAUUUAUAUAUAUUUUUGUCUGCCUGCUCACACACUGGCCCUGAGACGCAAUGGUCUUUAAAACAUUUUAAACGUGGAAACAAGACUGGCAGCGGAUAGUUAGCAACCACUGGAGGGAGCAGUCUAAAAAAGUACACUGCAUACUGAAGCACUUUGUUGCCAUCUAUAUAGAGCUGCUAGUAUAAAUAAAUAUCUGAAGAGCAUGCUGAGUGUCAGAAAACAUCCACAUAGUGUAAAGGACAACAGUGUUACAGUUAAAAACUGCAAAAAAUGUAACCCUGUUUAUGGACCAGCUCGGAUUUAGAUUAGAGGACUGUUGACACAAAUGUCUGUACGUUUUUUUAUUUUGUAUUCUAUGUUAAUUUAUUUGUUAUUCAAAUGUUGCCUGCUGUAUACAACAAAAAGAAAAUAACAAAUACAAACAUUUUAAAUGAG